AUGGACAAACCACUAGUUUCACGUUCCGAGAAGUCAGCCCCUCCUGCUUCAAAUAUUACAAAUAACAAACCGAAAAAAGAUACUACUACCCAAUCCUCAUCCUUAGAAGAAUAUAAAUAUGAAGAACCAAGUAGAUUCAGGAAAUUUUGUUACGAUACAAUUGUCUUCAUUUUAUCGAACAUUUUCAGUUGUUUCUUUAGGGAAAUAAAAUCUCGUAACGCAUACAAGAUCCCCUCAGAUGGUCCAAUAAUCUUUGUUGCUGCUCCACAUGCAAACCAAUUUGUUGACCCUGUGAUCUUAAUGGAACAGGUUAAAAAAGUGGUUAAUCGUAGAAUCUCCUUCUUAAUUGCGGAAAAAUCUUUGCAUCAACCUGCUAUUGGAUUCUUCGCUAGAUGCGUCAUGGCUAUCGGUGUUGUGAGAGCUCAAGAUAAUUUGAAAUUGGUCCCUAAUGGUGCUAAGAUAUUUAUUAAGGAUCCUAAGGAGAAUCCUCGUAAAAUUACUGGUGUAAAUACACAUUUCUUAACCGCUUUUCAUGCUAAAGGUUUGAUCGGAUUACCUAAAAAUAUGGGGACCGCAGAAAUUUUAUCAAUUGAAAGUGAUACUGAAUUGACUCUAAGAAAAGAAUUUAAAAACUUCGCAAAUAAGCCAGAUCUACAAAAUCUAUUAUUGAAAGGGACUAGCUUUAAAUAUACCGAUAAAGUCAACCAAUCUUCAGUGUAUCAUAAGGUAUUUGAACAUUUAGCAAAUAAUGACUGUAUAGGUAUCUUCCCAGAAGGUGGUUCUCAUGAUAGAACAGAUUUAUUGCCAUUGAAAGCUGGUGUAGCUAUUAUGGCUCUGGGUUGCAUGGAUAAACAUCCUGAUGUUAAUGUUAAAAUCGUACCUUGUGGUAUGAAUUAUUUCCAUGCUCACAAAUUUAGAUCAAGAGGUGUUGUUGAAUUCGGUGAUCCUAUUGACAUACCAAAAGAGUUGGCAGCUAAAUAUAGUAAUUCAGACACUAAUAAAGAAGCGGUUAAAGAAUUAUUGGAUACUAUCAGUGAAGGUCUACGUGCAGUUACUGUUACAUGUUCUGAUUAUGAAACGCUGAUGGUAGUCCAAGCCAUGAGAAGACUAUAUUCUGCACAUUUUGCUUCAAAACUUCCAUUACCAUUGAUUGUGGAGAUGAAUAGGAAAAUGGUAAAAGGUUAUGAAACAUAUAGAGAUGAUCCAGUAGUCAUUAAAUUACGUGAGGAUGUUAUGAAAUAUAACGCAAAUUUAAGUCACUACAAUAUUCCAGAUCAUCAAGUGGAAGAUGCGAAAAUGAGUUUCACUACCAAUUUAGGUUUGUUAGUCUAUAGAGCUAUUUUCUUGACCAUUACUUUCAUUUUAGCAUUACCUGGUAUAAUUAUGUUUUCUCCAGUCUUCAUAUUAGCUAAUAGAAUAUCAAAAAGGAAAGCUAGGGAGGCAUUAGCAGCAUCUUCUGUUAAAAUUAAGGCCAAUGAUGUCAUUGCUACGUGGAAGAUUUUAAUUGGUAUGGGGGCAGCACCAUUACUUUAUAUAUUUUGGUCGGUUUUAAUUAGUUACUAUUUUUCCAAAAGAGGUUCAACAUACGAUAAGAUUUUUCUUUUUGUUUCUACUUAUAUCUGUUGUGUGAUUGUAACAUACUCGGCUCUAAUUGUAGGUGAUCUUGGUAUGGAUAUCCUCAAGUCCUUAAGGCCAUUAUAUUUAUCUUUGACCUCCCCAAAGGCAUUGAAAGAAUUAAGGAAUGAGCGUGAAUUAUUGGCCGCAAGAAUUAUUGAGGUUGUUAAUACAUUCGGUACCGAGUUAUUCCCUGAAUUCCAACCAGAACUAUUACGUGAAGAGUACGGUAGUGAUGAAGAUACUAAAGAGGAUAGAAAGACUGCCGAAUUAAAGAGAAGAAGGUUAUUGAAGAAGAAGAGAGCCAAAAUGGAAAGAAGAAAACAAGAAAACGAAAAUUCUGAUGACAAUAUAGACAAUCAUGGCCAAGAAUCAGAUGGUGUUUCAUUAGUUAAUAGUGAUAACUCAUUAUCAAAUAUACCGAUAUUCUCGACUCCAACAGGCUUUGGGUCGGAAAUAUCUAUAACUCGCUCAGAUUCUUCCGUUUCUGAUUUUGAAAUAGAAGAUGACGUAAUUGGUGGAAAAGGUAAUUUAGCUGCUAAAAUCGCACAAGCGGUCCUGAAUAGCAGAUCACAACAAAAUGAGCAUAUUGAUUGA